UCACGUCACAUCCAAUUAGCCUUCAUCACCCUCAUCCUAAUCUCUUUCAUCUUCACAUUAAUCCUCGUCUUCACUUUCCUCUGAGCGCUAGCAUGCUAGCAGCUGUCGCUUUGCCGAUACUUUCAUGAUGACUCGCCGUGUUCAUGCAGUACAGUACCUGACGCUAACAGCGUAAUGCUAACGUUGAGAGCAUGUGUUCGCAUAGAUGUGCUAACCUUUGCAAGCAUGCGUGAUCACAAGUGGACACAAGAACAGGAAGACCAUCCAGUUCUGGACUAGGAUGUGAGUCUGGUCUCACCUGAGUCCCUCAGUCGUCCUCCUACAGCAUCCUCCCGAGACGGCGCCCGAGCAAGUCGGAUCUUACAGCCUUACCUGGACUUUUGAAACCCACCUGGUGUUGAGGAGUCUAUGUGACCCCUGGAGGACUACGUAGACUUUGGACGCGCAUGGAGACCCGUAGGGGGCUUACAUGAGGAUCACUGAGGAUUAGCGGCUAGGAGGCGUGGCGAGCAUCCUCCACAAAAGGUCACAUGGCGCUGGUGUCUGAGUUCCUGGGUCAGCUGACGCUGGCGCACAGCGGGGAGGCCGAGCCCACCUUUCCCACCGUGGUUCCGCUCAGGGACUUUGACCCGGCCAAAGACGCGGCGCGCUUGGACGCGGCCCUCAGAGUCAAAGGAGUGGACGAGCAAACCAUCAUUGACAUCCUGACCAGGAGAACGUAUGAGCAGCGCCGAGAGAUCGCCUUCGACUACGAGCGACUUGCCAAGAAGGACCUCGUGGUGGCCCUGAAGGGGGCGCUGUCCGGAUCUUUGGAGGCGCUGAUGCUGGGCCUGAUGAAGAGCCCCACCCAGUACGACGCCUUCGAGCUCAAAGCCUCCAUGAAGGGUCUCGGAACCGACGAGGAGACUCUCAUCGAGAUUGUCUGCUCCAGAAACAACGAAGAACUCGCCCAGAUCAAGAAAGUUUACAGAGAAACGUUUAAGAAGGAGCUGGACAAAGACGUGGCAGGAGACACGUCGGGAGACUUCGCUAAGCUGCUGCUGGCUCUCGUGCAGACGAGACGAGACGAACCGUCCAACGUGGUCGAUUAUCAGAAGAUUGACGACGACGCCAAAAGUCUCUACGAAGCCGGCGUGAAGCGCAAAGGAACUGACGUGUCCGUUUGGAUUUCCAUCCUGACUCAGAGGAGCGUCCCCCACCUGCAGAGAGUCUUUGAGCGCUACAACAGCUACAGUCCGUACGACCUGAAGGAGAGCAUCAGGAAGGAAGUCAAAGGCGACCUGGAAAAGUCUUUCCUGACACUCGUGGAGUGUUUGGAGAACAAGCAGCUGUACUUCGCCAACAGACUCAACGAGGCCAUGAAGGGUAAAGGUGCCAAGGAGAAGGUGCUGACUCGCAUCCUCGUGUCUCGCUGCCAAGUGGACCUCAUGAAGAUCAGAAGCGUCUUCAAGAAGCAACACAGACGCUCUCUGUACCAGACCAUCAUAUUCUUCUCCACUUUGUGCAUCCUCCAACUUGACGAAAGGGCUUCAGUUGCUACGCUGAAGAAACGUGAUCCACUGCACGCUUUGUUUCCUGAAGUUGAUUCAAUGUGGUUGAAAUCAGGAGCUGAAACCUUCACGAGGACAAACAUGAGCACACCAAGGGAGACUACCAGGCGGCUCUGCUGAGUUUGUGUGGAGGAGACGACUGAACCCUGAUUGGACGGCCAGCAGACGUCAUAAGCGGCCUAUCCAGACGUUCGCCACGCUGUGACGUCAUCAGCCACGAUGCCUCCGUGCUUCGUGAGCGGCUUGAAUCAAUAAAACAAAGUAAAAGCUUUUCUUGCCUCUUGGUCGGUAGCAGCACGUGACCACCAGGGGGCAGCAGAGACAGUCACUAAAGUUUUACUUCGCCUUGUCGUGUGUGCGCGCGUGUGUGUGAUGUCGACAGAAACGGGACUCAAACGAGCAGCAUUCGUAAAAGCAGCAAAGCGCUGGCGGGAAGUCUCGACGAACAAAAGAAGCUUUCUGUUCAGGCGUCAUCAGAAGUUUUGUUUCCGCCGCACGUCGGCGUGCAGCACAAACAAUAUGCAAAUGAGGCGCCGCGUGAACGUCUGCCAAUCACGACUCGCUAGCUGCCGAGUCGCUCGGCCCGCGGCGUGGAGCUCUGAUGGCGGAGUCGCGCGGCCUGCUUGGUUUUGGCGCUUCGCUCGAGCGCAAACCUUUCUUCCGCGCGGCAAACGGCAAAGAAACGCAGGAGCUCCACCACGUGUUGCACUUUCAUCCUGACAGCAGACGUUGGGAACGUUUUCAUGUUUAUUUGACAUUUCACACAAACAUCAGCUCUAACUAGAAAACUUGUACUUUUAUUAGCGUUUCACACAAACAACAACAACUCUCACAAGAAAACUUAUUUUAUUAGCAUUCACACUGUUUGGACCAAAACCCUUGCUGGGACUCUUAGGACACCAACAACUCUUAGAUUACACGACUGUUAGGUCUUAUGACCAGGACGGUUACCACAAGGACUGUUAGGACAAGGACUGUUAGGACAUAGACUGCUAGGACAAGGACUGUUAGGACAAGGACUGUUAGGACAUAGACUGUUAGGACAUAGACUGUUAGGACAUAGACUGCUAGGACAAGGACUGUUAGGACAAGGACUGUUAGGACAAGGACUGUUAGGACAUAGACUGCUAGGACAUAGACUGUUAGGACAUAGACUGUUAGGACAAGGACUGUUAGGACAUAGACUGUUAGGACAAGGACUGUUAUGACAUAGACUGCUAGGACAAGGACUGUUAGGACAAGGACUGUUAGGACAUAGACUGCUAGGACAUAGACUGUUAGGACAUAGACUGUUAGGACAAGGACUGUUAGGACAUAGACUGUUAGGACAAGGACUGUUAUGACAUAGACUGCUAGGACAAGGACUGUUAGGACAAGGACUGUUAGGACAAGGACUGUUAGGACAUAGACUGUUAGGACAAGGACUGUUAGGACAAGGACUGU